GCUGCUGGUCCACGGCGCGCUCAACCCGACGGCCUCGAUGCGGCGCUGCUGCGACUCGUCUCCUCCAACGCGGCGGAGCGGCGCCACGCGCAGCGCUGCGUUGACUACCUGCUGCUCUUCCUGUCCAAACCACCAGCGCUGCAGCGCCUGUGGGACGAACCGCAACGCUGGCAAAGCCUGCUGGGAAACGAAGUGUUUAGCUGGCUGUGCGGUCUGUCCCCGCCCCCCCUCUUGCUGCAGGCGCUCAGGUGUCUGGCCCGGUCCGGCCCAGAUCAGAUCACCGCCCUGCCCCACUUCCUGCAGCUGCACAGCUGGCAGUGACAUCAUCUGUCACUAUGGCAACACAUG